CAAUGACGUUCACAGGUUAGAAGUCAUAAUAAUUUCUAGGUUUUGUUUUUGUUUUUUUUUCUGAACUACUUCUUCAAUGUUUUGCUUGCAGUACUCCUAAAGUUGUUUCUGAGUUUUUCUAUAAUUUCAAUUUUCAAUUACGUUAAUUCUGAAGCUGAAUUUCUGUGUGUGCUUUAGCCAACAUGGAAGGAAAUCAUGUGGAUUCAACUGUAAAAUUUACUGAGAAGGUGAAACUGGAAUGCAUAUAUCCAAAAAAAGCUGUAAUAAUUCAGACAUCCUGGAUGAAACUUAAUGUAACUCAUAAAGAAAAUCUAGCUGUCUUGCAUCCAAUCUAUGGCAUACAUAUCGAAGGCAAAUACAAUGGAAGACUUUAUUUUGAGAAUGUCAGGGAGGACAGAUCCUUAUCCUUCAUCAAGAGCUCUUUGGAGUGUGUUGGUCUUUACCUUUGUUCUAUUGUACCUUACCCAGAUGGAGCUUGGGAAAAGGUAAUAGAAAUUAUUCAGCCAGCAAGUUUUUAUUCUUUGUGUUUUUCAACAAAUGCUUUUGAGACACAAAGUAAUCCUGUGUUUACCAAGCCUGGAGGAAACAUUGCUUUUACUUGCCCUUAUAAAAUUGGACAUUCAGUGCAGCAAAUGAUAUGGGAUAGGAUUAAAGCAGAUCAGGUAGAUAUCAUUGUUCUGUGCAGCUCCUCAGGAAAGCAACACUUUGGUUCAGUUUUCAAGGAGUAUACACUGCUGGGUUGCUCUGAUCAGGCAAACUCCAUGAUUGUCAUUCAAAAUGUUACAGCUUCUGACAUUGCAAUGUACCACUGCGUAGCUACUGGAAGAAGCAAAACCUAUGUGAUGACAACUUGGGAUCACAAAUGGUUUAUUAUCUACAUAGAUGGAGGAAUUUCUGCUGAUGUCUUACUGAUAGUCUUUCCACUGACCUGCAUCACCACUGCUUAUUGCAAAAACCUGCUAACUGUUAUAGAAGAUCCAGUUUUCAUGGAACAUGGAAGAAGAGAGGAAUCAUCACUCUGGCAGAAAGAGGAGAUUUACGACAACUGCAGAAAUGUCUCACACAAACCCAAGAAAAAAUCAUUAGAUGCCUUCUUAAGAAUGAAGUAAUGAAAACACAGGCCUUGUAUUUGACUUUAUUCUCUUUGCACCAGUGAGAUGUAGAAGGUCAAACUGGCUAUGCAGAACACUGCCUGGGCUGCUUUGGCUGGACACCUAGCCUGGGCCAAGUUAUAUCAGGUGUGUCUAUGUUGGAUUACAGCCUGCAGCAUUAACAUAUCCUUUGAUUCAUAUGUAGAGUUAAAGAUUAUUUGUACUUCUGCAAUUUAAUUUUUUUACCCAGUAGAUGUACUCUUAAGUAAGAAUUUUAGAACAGCUCUGAUACGUGGAAUAGAACUGCAUAUGUUUACAUAAAGUUAAUUUGGUCUGAGAAAUCUGUGUCUAAGAAGCCUAAGUGAGAGGUUGAGAAAGAAAAUGUGCUCAAUGUUGUGUAAUUCCAUGAUUUUUGCAUCUCAAAUUGAAAGGUCUAUAGAAUAAUAAAUUCCCAAGGCUUCCCACACAGGUGGUGUUAUUUUGCUGCCGGGCAAACAGUUCAGCAGACAAAAGCAAAUAUAUCAAGGAUCCUUCAACCUAGAUUUAAAAGUAUGAACAGAAGCUUGCUAUCUGACAGCUGUGUGAUUUUACAGGCUUCUUGCCACUUACUACAGCUAGUUCAGUAUUACCUAUUUG